AUGUUAUCUCUCCGACCACUCUCCAACCCUAAACCCUCCUCUCUCUACUCUUCCUCAUUUACCCCUCCCAAUCCCUUAUCUCCCAAAACCCUAAAACCCAUUCCCCCCUCCUCCAAACCUUCUAGAAACUUCUACCCUUCCAUCCAUUCAAUCCUCCAAUACAGCCGCAAACCUCAACUCGCAGGAAACACCCCAAGAGUCGUCGUUAUUACCUCCGGCAAAGGCGGCGUCGGUAAGACAACAACCACCGCAAAUAUCGGUCUCUCCUUAGCCCGUCUAGGGUUCUCAGUCGUCGCUAUUGACUGCGAUGUUGGUCUUCGCAAUCUUGACCUCUUAUUGGGCCUCGAAAACCGGGUUAAUUACACCGUUGUCGAGGUUUUAAAUGGGGAUUGUAGACUUGAUCAGGCUCUUGUACGUGAUAAACGUUGGUCUAAUUUCGAGUUGCUUUGUAUUUCUAAACCUAGAUCUAAAUUGCCAAUGGGGUUUGGUGGGAAAGCAUUGGUUUGGUUAGUUGAUGCUUUAAAAGCUCGCGAUGAAGGUGUGCCUGAUUUUAUAAUUAUUGAUUGUCCAGCUGGCAUUGAUGCUGGGUUUAUAACGGCUAUAACUCCGGCGAAUGAGGCUGUGUUAGUGACAACACCGGAUAUUACGAGCUUAAGGGAUGCUGAUAGAGUGACGGGGUUGUUGGAAUGUGAUGGAAUUAGGGAUAUUAAGAUGAUGGUGAAUAGGGUUCGAACGGAUAUGAUUAAAGGGGAAGAUAUGAUGUCUGUAUUGGAUGUGCAAGAAAUGUUGGGGCUUCCAUUGUUGGGAGUAAUACCUGAGGAUUCCGAAGUUAUUAGAAGUACUAAUAGAGGUUAUCCACUUGUGUUGAACAAGCCACCAGCUUUGGCAGGUCUUGCAUUUGAACAAGCAGCUUGGAGGUUGGUUGAGCAAGAUAGUAUGGAGACUGUAAUGUUGGAGGAGGAGCCAAAGAAACGAGGGUUUUUCUCGUUUUUCGGAAGGUAGCAUAAUGGUGAUCUUCUUCUAUGCUUUAAUUAUUGUUUUCUGUAAUUGUUUGAUUCUGUUUUCUGGAAGGUCCUCUGGAACAAGAAAGCUGUGUAUAGUAGAGUUACGGUUUGCAUUCUUCCAUUGUGACUAUUUCAGGAUUCUGUUUGUAGGAUAGUUGAAGAUUAGUGCAAUUUUUAGAAAUGUGCACUUUUGUUUUUGUUGGAUUUGAGCUGAAAACUGUAUCAUGCGCGUUGCACGAAAUAUGAUUAUUUUUUUCCUCCAUCAA